AUGUCAACCACCGAAGAGCCAAAGGCCGCCGUGCCAGAGCCCGUCCCCGAAUACGUUACCAAAUGUCGUCUUUCCAUCCCAGAUGCCGUACGAAUCCCUCUUGCGUCGAGCACCGCCUUGUUCAUUGGCCUCACGCUCGGAGUGAGCCAGGGCAUCAAGACAGCCGGUAUGCGCUUUCGCGCCGAACACGCCCACAAGCUGCCGGCCACCAAGAUAGGAUGGUACUUCUACCACAAGAGCAAGAACUACAAUUCGAUUUGGGGCGGUGCCAAGGAGGGUGCGAGGAUGGGAGCCAAGAUUUCCUUCUGGACAACAGCCAUUUUUGGUAUCGAGCACAUGUUUGACGCCUAUCGCGGGACGGCCGACAUCUUCAACACUGUAACCGCCUGUGUGACUGUUUCGGGAGCCUUUAGUCUAUGGAAUCGCUUCUCUUUGCCCAUGGCGGCCCGGACAACCAAAGCUGCUCUGGCUGUAGGUCUCGCAUACGGAGGCUUGCAAGAUCUAGCUGGUAUCGUAAGAGGCCGACCCAUCGGAUAUGCCGAAUUCAUCAAGCGCCACGUUGGUGGCUACAAGAAUCCAGCAGACGAGAACCAGAAGGAGCGGGUGAUUUAA